AUGAGUGCGUCGGAGGCUGCGAGCCUUGAGCAUAUCGUUUCGGUUGCGCAGACCUAUGUAGCAUGUGAGACAUCUCCUCGGUUUGCCAGCGUUGUGCGGUAUGUACUGAAGACGGCGCCGGCGUUAGGCACUACUAGCAUCUUGGUUUGGGACUGGUUGGCGUGUUUACCGCAGGAGUACCAAUAUAUUUGGAAAUCGCGAUGGACGCCGAUCAAAUUCCUGUACAUGAUGGUCCGGUACUAUACGUUCGUCGUGUUGAUCGUGACAGACAUUUGGUUCUUCGGGAACUGGUCUGAAGCAGAUUGCGCGCGGGACCUACCCAUAUUACCGGGCAUGGCCGUCCUCAGCGACUUUUGCGUAGAACUGGUACUCGCUCUUCGAGUCUUCGCGCUAUACGACCACGACUUGCGCGUCGCCGCGAUUCUCGGAGUUCUCCUCGCCGGCUUCCUCGGGACCAUGAUAGCAGUACCGGUCCUCGCUUUCGAUUACGUCAGAUUACCUUCGUGGCCGGGUCCAUGUUUAGUCACGGGCAAGGCGUCGAUAGCCGGCCCUAAGUUCAUCAUCGCGUUCUACGCCGCGCCCAUGGCGUUCGACUUUAUCGUCACGGCUCUCACCCUUUAUCGCGCGUUCUUUUAUAUCAAUAUCAAGCAGACCAGAUCGUCUCUUAUCACGACUUUCAUCCGCGACGGCGUGUUCUAUUACGUCGCGAUCUCCGCCCUCAAUCUUAUCAACGUGAUUUUCUUCGUCCAAGCAAACAAGUUGAUAGAAUCCAUCAACGCGCCCAUGAGCAUCCAAAUCUCCAUGGUCCUAUCCUGCCGACUCAUCCUCAGUCUGCGCGCGACGCGCGACCGCCACCCGUCCGCCAAAUCGUUCGGCAGCACGCUCCACAAAUGGUCAGACGAUUUUCACAUCACGCAGCCGUCCGACACGAUGGCGUCGAGCAUGACGCUCUCGAGCCCAGCCCGCGCCCGCCGCGCGCGCGACCGGAACGAGACCGAGACCGCCGGCGUGAUGGUGCGCUUCGACGACGACGAACUGCUGCACGCCCCGGAUCCGGAGAUCGACGACUCCGAGCGCGGCUCGCAGAGGUGCCACUCGAAGGACCGCGUGUGGGACGGGUCGGCGGAUACGGCCCCCGGCUACGUGUCCGACACGAAGUGACCGCCCCUCUGGCUCGAGAGAAUACUCGCCCAAAAUCGGUCAAACGACACCUCAUCUUUCAACCGAACGUAAUCAUCAUCUUGCAAAACCAU